AUGAAUUAUCUUUAUUUUCUAACAUUAUAUAUUAUUACAUUUUUUUCAAUACAAAUUUUUGUUAAUGGAAAAGUUAUUAAUAAAAAAAUUGAUAGAAAAAAUAGUCAUAUUGACAUUAAUCCUUAUUGUACGGGAACCAAUAGAAGUUUAAAAGAUAUUUUAUUAGAAUGGUUCUUAGAAAGUAAUACAAUUAAAGAUAAAGAUGAAUCAAUUAUGGAAAUAUCAGAUGAUUAUAGAAAUUUUUAUGUUGUACCUGAACCAAAAAUUUGUUCACAAUCACUUGAAAAUAAAAUUGAUAGUAGUAUGAAAGAAAGAAGUCUUUGUCCAUAUGAAUAUAGAAUAAAUUUUGAUAUUGAUAGAGAACCAAAAUAUAUUAAAGAAACUGUAUGUUUAUGUAAAAAAAGUAGAAGUCAUCCAGAAAGUUCUUGUUAUCCAAUAAAACGUGAAAUGCCAAUUUUAAAAAAAGUUUUAUGUGAUGUUACUGGUGAAAGAUAUGAAUAUGUUAAAGCAGUUCAGUCAAUUACAGUUGGUUGUCAUAGCGCACUUCCUAGAUUACAACGUGUACCACAACUUCGUAAAAUUCUAAAACAUAAAAAAGAAAGAACAAUUGAAAUUUAA